UAUUCUGUGUCGGUGGACCCGAAACGUAAAUGAAUUCCGGACAAUCCGCGAGUGACUGUGUGUGUAAAUCGUUAAAAACGCAGGGCUCCCGUCGCGCCUGAUGAUUUGAAAUAGACGCGGUGUCUUUUAUCAGUUUGGCUAGUUUAUAUUUGAACUCCGCGUUACGAUGUGCUGUAUGUCUUUCGUUUUUACGUUCGUCUUCGUCGAUAACUUUUAAAUUUUGUGUACCACCUACGCGUGGUUUUCAUUCAUGCGCGUAUUGUACUUUAUUUUGACAUAAUUAUAGUCGAAGCGGGAGUGCUGAAAGAAGGUUUGGGCUAGAUGUAAGUAGUUUAUUUCGAAUCUAUCUCGGAACUGUAAUUUAAAAGAAUGUGUUCAAGCUGCAUAUGUUCAAUGCGAUACAAGAAUGGCGUACCUGUUGUAAAUCGACUGAUGAAGAUUGUACUAUUUGUGUCAAACUUUUUAUCUUGGAUCGUCGGUCUCUCUUUGCUACUGAUUGGAAUAUAUGCCAAAGCCGAUAAAUCAUAUAAUGCUUCGAAUUUGCCGAAUAUGCUACUGGAUCCUGCAACACCCAUUCUUAUCCUGGGUGCUAUGCUAUUUUCAGUCACCUUUUUCGGGUUCGUAGGCGCUUUGCGCGAGAAUCUAUGUAUGUUGCAGUAUUUUUCUAUUGCGCUAGCCGUCGCCCUUAUUUCAGAGCUAUGUAUCGCCUUUAUCUUCGUGGUUACAUCAGAUAGCGUUCGGUCACAUAUAGAAGAGAUGAUGAAAGAUGGUAUUCAACAUUAUCGAGAUGACCCAGAUCUUCAGAAUAUUAUUGACUGGGGACAAGAAGAGUUCAAAUGUUGUGGGAUCCACAGCGUCAGCGAUUGGAGCAAGAAUAUGUAUUUCAAUUGCUCAUCAGCAAAUCCUGGCAGAGAACGAUGUGGCGUUCCUUAUUCAUGUUGUUUGCCCCCUAUUGGAGACGAUGUCGUAAAUACCUUAUGUGGUAUGGACAUACAGAGUAUGAACCUAUACGAUAUAAAAGUAGUUGUAUACACAAAUGGGUGUUUAGAUGCGCUCGUCACUUGGCUGCAGAGUAAUAUGUUUCUUAUAACUAUUCUUAUUGUGUUUUUCUGUUGUAUACCGCAAAUUUUAGGAAUCACUCUAUCUCGGAUAUUGAUCAUACAGAUAAAAGACCAGGACUUUUACACUAAAAUAGGUCUGUUAAACCCCCGGGGUGAAUUUGAACUCACAUGGUUUUCCUAGUGUAUGUGGCAGUCCCGUAACUAACUCGUGUGUUGAUGUACGGUAUGUAUAUAUUUUAUGCCCAACGCUUGGUAACGCAAACGCGUGCACGUUUUAAAUCUGUCAUUUUCGAACGUGUUUAUACGCCGUUCACGGUAAAUUUGUCCAUCAAAAUACAGUACUGGUUAUCGAUCAGCAUCACCAUUAUCGAAGCCUAUUAUCACUAAAUACAGCACUGGAAUAAUACAAGUAUUUCUUAUUUUCUCUCGGCAUGUCAUUUAUUGCGCCUGAUUUGUUUUUUCAAUAUAGUUAUUUCAUACCCCAUAUUUUAUUAUUUAGGUACCGCAUUUUUAUGAAAUUUAUGUUUUUAAAUGUAUUUUAUUUAUUUUUCUUAAUCAUUUUCAUAACACAACUGGUAGAUAACAACCCAUCGUCGUCGGAAAUUUUAAAAACCCCAUUAUGGUAUUUAGUUAUGACACAACGUUUAUCCAUUGUUUAUAUUUAAAUCAUCUUCAAUCAUUCUAUAAUUACUUAGACUUUUUUGGCGAAUUCAGUUAGUUUGACUUAAGUACGCCACAUUGAUGUCUUUAAUUUCUCUGAAUUAAGAACUCGAGUUGACUUAAUAACCGAACUAUAUGAUUCAGUUCCUAUAUUGCAUGUCUCGUCUCGGGUAAAACUGCUUUCAAGUUUCUUUUAAUACAUGUAACUCUAUAUUGGUUUACACUAUAUUGCUUUGCUACAGCAGCAAAAAAUAAAACAUUUAUCAAUGGUUUCGUGUACAGCACAGAAAGAUAAUGGUAAUGAUUUCUGCCGUGUGGGAAGGAUGGAUCGGAUAUUAAAUUUAAAAUUGUUGAGUUUCGAUUCAUUUAUUCUCAAUUUCUCCACACAACCUGAACAUACCACGUUUAAGCCAUAGAUAGUCGCACUAACCUGCAGCUAUAUCUCGGAUACACACCCAAAAAUGUUAUUACUUAACAGCUUGCUUUCUGCCUAUGCGCGGUUGGUCUGGUCUUAUUCGAAUCCGAUCCUAUCGAACUAAUUGGAGGCCUUUGCCAGAGGGUCAAGUUACUUUCAAGGUUCAGGUAUAAGCUUAAAGCCCAAGCUAUUCCUCUCAAAUAUGAAAAAGUGCAAAAUAUAAGUUAGCUUACAGUAAAAAGUAUAUUUUAUUAACACUACUGAAAAAAACGUUCCACAAUGUUAAACUGGGGAGAUGGUAUCCGCCAAAACGAGGAAAAAACAUGUCUAUCGUUGAUUAGUAACAAAUAAGUAUGCUUAAUUAAUGUAAAGCUAUAAAGAUAAAUUUGUAAAACCAACAUCCCAUAGGACUAUGUUGCUUUGUUGCAGAAAAAAAUGCAUUGCGAUCUUCUGACUACAUUUCAUUAACGGUCGAGUGACCUCAAUAAUAAUAAUAAUUUGAAAAUAUACAUCUAAGAUGGUGUAGCAUGCAACCUCUGUAUUACAAGCUAGCAACGAAUAAUAAUUACAAUGAAAAUUUCUGUGAGUAAAAUAUACUGAACGCACCAAGAUUUAAAAAUUUUUUGUCGAAUCAUGUCCCAAGCUUCUUGUACGCCACAUUGGGUUCCGAGAUGAUUUGGCAAAAUAUUUUAUCGGUCAUAAUAAUUUUACUAUGUACAAAGUAAGGUCACUUGAUUUGAAAUUGGAAAAAUUAAGAAAAUAAAAACACCGAUAGAAACAGGGAUAAAAUUCUCCUGUAAUGGUGUUUUGGUGCAACCAUGAUUACAUUGUAAAUUUACCUGGAUAUAAAGAAAUAUAAAUGAUCAAUCCAAAUAAGAUAGAAUCGCUGGUUUGAAAAUUUGUCAUCGCAUAUAUGCUGCAUUUAAGGCUUGUUUAUGCCAUU